CAGGGCCCCGGGGCUGCACUUUGAGCUGCAUGAGAGCUGCAUGAGCAGGCUCUUGAGAAAAAGACGCGCGUCUGAUUCUCACGACACACAUAUAUAAAAAACCACAGCGCGCACCACCGAGCCAGAGGAACCAGUCAGUCAGCCAGCUGGGAGGAGGAGGACAUUCAUUCCUGUCGUGUGUUCAACAACUUCACUACACAGUCUGACACCAGCAGCAGCAGCAGGAGUAGUGAAUGACACCUUGGGACGACGUGACCUGGUUUUAUUCUCCCAGUCAGACCAGUAGGACUUGAUGUGGAGCGCUAUUCCUCCUGUCAGACCUCACUGAAACUUUAGUCAGUGAACACAACGCAGCGGAGAGGCGCACCGGAGACGAUGGGAGACUCUCACUAGAUCCACUACUGCACGGAAACACCAUGGCUGUAGACGCGGCAUCCAGUUUCAGUUUCUGCAGGCCAGCUGUGGAGUACAGGGCUCUGCCCGAGGACUUCAAGCACCAGCUGAGUCGACGGACAGGUGGGAAUCUAACCUGGCAUGACGGGCGCGGGCAGAAAACUGCAGGAGGCAGGACGGUGAAACUGCUGCAGCAGCCCGGCACAGAGGCCCUGCAGUACCGCUCCAGUGACAAUUAUGGGAUAUAUCACACAAGCCCGACACAGCCCAGCCUGAUUCGCCCCGUCGUGCUCUGGUCACAGCAGGAUGUUUGUAAAUGGCUGAAGAAACACUGUCCACACAACUACCUGACCUACGUGGAGGCGUUCUCCCAGCACGCCAUCACAGGCCGUGCGUUGUUGCGUCUGAACGGGGAGAAGCUGGAGAGGAUGGGACUAGUGCAAGAAACUCUCCGGCAGGAGUUGCUGCAACAGGUGCUGCAGCUUCAGGUGCAGGAGGAGGGACGCAACCUGCAGCUGCUCAGCAGAGGUUCCUUUGGAAGGAUAUCGUAGCUGAUCAAAUGCUGAAAGAAGUGGAUGCCGUGGAAUUAUGGAAUAUUUACCCAAAUAAACUCAAAUGUGAAUCAGAUCUGUGGGACAAAUCCAUCCAGCGAGCAGCAAUAUCCAGAGUUAUGUUGUCGAGUGGAAGUUGGCAGCCUUUCAUUCUGCACGACGAACAGACAUUAUCUUUGCGGACUGACUAUGAACUGUGAUGAAAAAGCACCGAGACAAUCUGCUCUGUCAAUUUAUUGUGUGACUAAUUAUUAACUAUUUCUCUCUUACUGUCUCUACCUCUUUCUCUCUAUAUCAUUUUUUUUAUAUAUGUCAGAAAGCAAAACAAAUAAAUAAAAA